AUGGGGUUCGCGUUUCGUGGCAAGGGCAGCGCCGCUCUGGCCGAUGAGUCUGCCUCAACCGCUACCGGUAUUGCUAUUGAGAUCGGCGGAGAAGAGGUCCACCCGGCAGCCGGGCUGCGGAAGUUCAAGCGCAUUCACAAAUGGGAUCCUUUCCUCGACAUUCAGAAGCUCGACGAUGUUGAUCAUGCCCUGGCGACUGGAGAUAUUGAGAAAGAAGCUGCCAUCGAGGGCGCUCUCCUGGUCGAGGACUCACCGUACCCCGAAGUGCGUGCUGCUGUUCAUCCCACCGAUGAUAGCGACCUUCCAGUCAACACAAUUCGCGCUUGGACGAUAGGGUUUUUUCUCUGCACCAUCGUGGCCGCUUGCAACAUCUUGCUCGGACUGCGCCGUUCUCCAACUACCAUUUCGUCUACCGUGGUUCAGCUCAUCGCCUAUCCGAUUGGGCGAGGAUGGCACGCAGUUGUUCCAUGCAAGACCAUCAGGCUCUUUGGUCAUGAUCUCGAACUCAACCCUGGGCCCUUUAAUGUAAAGGAACACACGAUUAUCACGAUGAUGACGGCUGCCGGCGCCACAGUCAGCUACGCUAUUGAUAUUCUCCUGGCUCAGGAAAUUUUCUACAAUCAAUACUUUGGAUGGGGAUUUCAGAUCUUGUUGAUCAUCUCGACCCAGGCCAUGGGUCUCGGACUGGCUGGUGCUCUGCGCCGCUACUUGGUUCAGCCGGCCGCAAUGGUCUGGCCUGCCAACCUCAUCUUCACUACCGUCAUGAACUCGCUGCACGACCAUUCGCCUUCCGAUCCGUCGACGACCAAUGGCUGGCGCAUAGGCCGCUUCAAAUUCUUCCUCAUUGUUGCGCUUUGCACAUUCUGCUACGAGUGGAUACCCCAGGUCAUGGCAACUUUCCUCCAAAUGUUUACCUUUAUCUGCUGGAUCGCCCCCGAGAGCGUCGUCAUCAAUCAGGUGUUUGGUGGCCAGACCGGUUUGGGUCUUGUCCCCAUCUCGUUCGACUGGAGCGUCAUCACUGGGUUCUUGCUCAGUCCCCUCCAGACGCCUGCUUUUGCCAUCUUGAACGUAGGCGCCGGCAUUUUGUUCAUGAUGGUAGGCUGCAUUGGCCUUGCAUACGCCGGACCCGAGUUCAUGAAAUACCUACCGAUUAGUGCCAAUUCCAACUUUGAUCACUUUGGCCAGUCAUACAACACCAGCCGCAUUCUGACGGACGAGUAUACUUUUAACCAGGAAGCCUAUGAGGAGUACUCGCCCCUGAUGCUCGGGCCCGCCUUUUCGUUGAGUUAUGGCAUGUCAUUCGCCACGCUCGCCUCGACCGUUGUUCAUGUUGCCCUUUUCUAUGGGCGCGACAUUGUUGCCCGUGCUCGUAAUGCCCGGUUUGAGGAGGGUGAUGUGCAUUUGAAGUUGAUGCGCAGGUACAAGGAAGCGCCCGGAUGGUGGUUCUUCAUCGUCUUCAUCAUCAGCUUUGCUUUCGGUAUGAUCGCCUCGCAAGCCUGGCAGACACACUUGACCUGGUGGGCAUAUAUCCUCUGCGUCAUCAUCGGCGUCGUCUUCAUUCUGCCCGUGGGUGUCAUCCAAGCCGUCACCAACCAGCAGGCCGGGUUGAAUGUUAUUACUGAAAUGGUCGUGGGCUACAUGACGCCUGGUCGCCCAGUUGCCAUGAUGCUUUUCAAGAGUUGGGGAUACAUGCUUGCUUGCAAUGGUCUCGUUUACGUAUCUGACAUGAAAAUCGGCCACUACAUGAAGAUUCCACCCCGAAGCAUGUUUGCUGCACAGCUCUUUGCCGUGAUCUGGCUAUCCAUCGUUCAGGUCGCUGUGUACAACUUUCUGCUGGGUAAUAUCGAGGGCAUCUGCACCUCGUCACAGCCCAACGGGCUGACGUGCCCCCACGCAAAGACGUUCUACAACGCCUCGGUCAUCUGGGGUCUGUUGGGGCCGGCCAAGAUGUUUGGCAUUGGUCAGCUGUACUCGUGGGUCAACUGGUUCUGGCUCAUUGGUGCCGGUCUACCCGUGAUCCAGUAUUUCCUGGCUAUGCGCUAUCCCAGGAGCUUUUUGCGUUAUGUCUUCUUUCCUGCCAUUUUUGGUGCGGCCGGUAUGAUCCCGCCCGCGACGACGUGGUACCUCGGCCAGUGGGUGAUUGUCGGUCUGGUCUUCAAUUAUGUGAUCAAGAGAAGGUUCUUUGGCUGGUGGACUCGCUACAACUACGUGCUGUCGGGCGCGCUCGAUAUCGGAACGGCCUUGUGCAUCGUGGUUUCGGCCCUCGCCCUCGGCCUGAGCGGCGCCACCUUUCCCGACUGGUGGGGGAACCUUGUUUGGCAGCAGAACCUCGACAGCGAGGGUACAGCUGUGUCAAAAGUGCUGCCCGACGAUGGCUCAUUCUUUGGGCCAAGCCAAUGGAGCUAG